AUGGAACCUAAAUCCCUGAAAAAACAAAGAAUACCAACUGUAUGUCUUACAUGUAAAAGUCAAAAAUUGAGAUGUGAUCGUAUUCAUCCUCAAUGUUCAAGAUGCAAGCGUAAUGGGAGAGAAUGUUCUUACGAUUACGGAUUGAGUGGUCCACCAACUGUUUCAAACCAAGUUGACACACCAGCAAGCAAUGCCAGCCCAGGCUUUAGUAUUCCACCAAUCAGCCCAAAUUUUAUAUCAAAUAUCAUGACAGAUGAAUCGUCUACAGAAGACAGAGAGGUUAAGAUUGACACUAAUGGACUGGAUGAAAAGCUUGAAAUGUGGGAUAUAAACAAGCAAUUUCUCAGCCAUGGAUACCAUACAUAUGUGGAUCUACCGUAUGCUACCCAUAGUAUAGCUCAACAUGAUCCCUACUUGAGAUUGUUUUGUCCAUCUGUCCACGGUACUACCCUUACCGACUUACAAAGUAGACUGGAAUACAUUAAAGCCAGCAAUAACAAUGACAAAGGACACAUCAACUCUGGUCUUCUGAAAACGGUGAAUGAAAUUAGUCCUCUAAUGUUUAUUGAGGAUGCUGUCGUGAAAUGGGUGGCCAAGACUACUGAUAAUGUCAACAACCAGUUGCCUUGGGAAUAUUUCAAUACAAUAUUUACCAUCGAAGAUAGAAUGCAUCCAUCCUUGGUUUCUACAAUUAAGAAACUAAUUACUGAGAUCGAGCUUUUACUACCACAGAAAAAUAAGAUCAAUAAACUUCUGAAACAUUUUUAUCAAAAUAUAUAUCCAUUUUAUCCUCUAAUAGAAAUACCACUCUUCGAAAGCGAUAUAAGGAAAAUAUUAAUCGAUGAUGGGGUCAGUUUAUCAUAUACAGUUCUCAUCUUUCAAGAGAAUAUUCGCGAACGCUUAGAAAGCUUGACUCUGUUUCUUAUAAUUAUUUGUUUGACACUGAGGGAUCCAAACUUAAAUUUCCAGGAAACGAUCUUAGAUACUGAUGAAUCUGGGGAAGUAGCCAAAAAAUUAUUGCUGCUUUCUCAGAAGAUCUUGUCUUUGCUGAAUGGAUUCAAAUAUACGACAGAAAAUAUACUCUGCUGUUCUCUAUAUCUUUUAAUAUCCGAGAUAUUAAAUCCAGGGAACGCAGAAGAACAUAUAUCACAUAAUAGUAUCCUAACACUUAAAUGUUUGACGGAUAUGGCAUAUACAUUGGGUUUACAUGAAGAACCAUCACAAUUUAUAAGAUAUUUUGAUAGAGAAAAGCCAUCUCAGCCAUUUUUCAUGUAUAGAAGAAAAUUAUGGAUUGGUCUCCAAUCGUUAAGACUUGAGAUAAUAACUGCAGAUGGUGGAUGCCGAGAUUCUGACUUUGAGUAUCUUGAAACUUUUAUCAAUAAUACCAAAUCAUCCAUUCCAUCAUUUAUCGAACAGUUCAACUCAUCCACACUUACUGAUAGAAAAAUUUUUGUUUUACAUGAUAACGAAUAUCAGUUUCAUAUGUUAAUGAAUAAAGUCAUGGUGAACUGUGGUCCCCAGUGUAAGAAUCUAAAUCUGUAUAAUAUCUUUCAAGCAAUAGAGCGAUUAAAAGAAUUUACAUUUAGAAAAUUUCCACUUUCAAAGCUACUUAGUGAUAAUGAUAAUAAACAAUUAGUGGAAGUAGAAUGGAGAGGUGCAUGCUUUAACUUUUCAUCUAUCGAGAAGACAGUAAUAUUACGGAUAAAUUUGAUUUUCUUUUCAAGUUUAAUGAAUAUAUUUUAUAUGUUAUCUCAAUAUUUUGAGAAAAAAUGCUGCCAAAAGUUAGAAAAAUAUCAGACAUACUACCACCAAUUUGUUUUACAAAGCUUUGAUGCAUAUCUUGAAUUGACAUCGUUGGUGAAAAAAUUCCUAGACAAUGAGUACAGAUCAGUAAUCAUGCGCUACCAUGAAUACUGUCUUAACAAAUCUGUUGCUUUUAUAGUAAUCAAAAUCCAAAGUAUCCAACUUGGACUAAUAUUGAGAAUUUGCUACAAAUAUUCUAUCCUACGGAACAAAGAUACAUCCAACAAAUACAUGUUCUUAGAAAGGUCGAACAUGACCGAAAGUAUAAUGUUUAGAAAUUUACAACAAAUAUCUGUUCAGAUAAAGAAGCAAAUAUAUGGUAUUAUAAACAGUACUCUUUCAAAAUAUGGUGACACAUACUUUGGUUGCUACCAAGUUAUGUUGAUGGGGAGAUAUGUUCAUUAUAUAGUUGAAAACGAACAGCUUGUAAAGCUAACAAACGAUUAUUGGCGAAAGGCCAGCGAAACUAAUGAGAUACCCUCCAAGAUCUUGGAUAUGAUGAAACUGAAAUGGGGUUUAGGACCGCUUGACAUAAAUAUUGUAUUAUACUAUACAACCAACCCGCUCGCCCUUACUGGGUUUAACAAUACGCUUCUGGACUUAAUGAAAGAUGCCCUUGAGCAAGCUAAUGUCUACGAUAAUCUAACAGUCAUACCUCGAAACCCUGAAUUUUCUUCUAAUGAGCAAGAAGUUCUACAACAAUUAUUACAGUCUAAUUUUGAAUUAUUUUCGGGGGUAAUUGGUGAUAGUUUGGGCUCUUUACCGACAAUAUGA